CGAGACCAACAACCACUUGAACAAGCCACCUCUUCAAGGCACCAGGCAUUCCGCAGGUGCAUACUUCAAGAUGCAGUCGGGAAUCUCCGUCUCCUCGGAGCUCCAAAAUGCCUUUAACCGGUUCACCUCCGACUCGUCGCUCUUCUGCCUCCCCGUGACAAUCACAAACGAGAGCCUGGCCCCUUUGUCCCCUAUUCCCUUCUCCGCCCCCAAUGCCUUCUACCCCUCUCUUUCACAAUUGUCCUCCGUCCUCGAACCCAAAACACCCAUUUACCUGCUCCUGCGCCGUCCCGAGGCCGGCUCCUCCUCCCUCAUCGCCCUAACCUACAUCCCCUCCAACGCCGGCGUGCGGGCCAAGACCCUCUUCGCCUCAACCCGGGCGACGCUGGCGCGAGAGCUCGGUACGGAGAAGUUCGCGUCGACGAUCUUCGCCACGGAGGAGGACGAGGUCGUGGGCGAGAGUGCCUGGAAGGAGCGCGAUGCGGAGAAGAACGGAUCGGGCUCGGGGGUUCAGCGUGAGGAGCUCAUGGGGGAGAAGGAGCGGGAGUUGGAGGCGGUGCGGAGAGCGGAAGAGGAGGCGAGGAACGGGACGCCGAGCAGGGAUAUUGGAAUCGGAGGCUCCUUUGCUCGAGGAAAUGGAGGAUCUAGUCCCUUUGGAUCUGGAAACCGGGCAUUGCAGAUGCCGGUCGACGAGGAUGCUAAGGAGGCGCUGAAGUCGCUGCAGCAGGGCGGGCUGGUGCAAUUGGUCAUUGACAUUCCCAAGGAGACCUUCAGACUGGGUGGCGCGGGAUCCGGCAUCGACCCCAACGCCGUCCAGGAACAGAUCUCCACCUCUUCGCCACGAUAUACAUUCUACCACUAUCCCGACUCCGAGGCAGUGGUCUUCAUCUAUACCUGCCCGUCCGGCUCGUCGAUCAAGGAGCGCAUGCUAUACGCCAGUUCUCGAUUGUACGCCCUUCAAGUCGCCGAGGACCAGGGCUUGAAGAUUUCCAAGAAGAUCGAAGCGUCUUCGGCGGAUGAGGUUUCGGGCGACAGGCUGCACGAGGAGGUCAACCCUCCCCAGAAUAACGGGCCCCAGCGAGGAUUCGCGAGACCGAAACGACCCGGCCGGUAA